CAUGCAUUUGCAUGUUUUGGCUGUCCCUACUCAUAUGCGUCAUCCACAACAGUCAACUGCAGGCCAGCAGCCUUUUGUUGGAGGUAUGCCGGGUUUUAUGUUGGUUCCGCAAACUCCGCCACCGAUGCUUCCGCCAACUUCUAUUUGCACCAAUCCUUACCAGCCGCCGCCACAGCCGUUUUCUAUCCAUGGUCAGCCGUUUCAACCACAAACUGGUGCGAUUCCGACUGGCUCUACCACGCAGUAUAUUCGAACUUUUUCUAAUGGUGGAGGAGGGGGUGGCGGUCCAAGCACCAAUGCUAAUGGAGCUCAUAUUAAUGGAUACAAUCCUGCAACCCAUCAACAGUUGCGUAAUCUUCCGCCUCAGCAACAACAACCAGCUACUAAUGCAGUAAAUACUGGAAUUCCACAACAACCUUUUGGACAGCAGCCUGUGUUUAUGGUUGCGUCGGCGAUGCCUAAUUCUGCUGCUCCGCCACCAAAUUUUGAGACGCUGCCACCGCUUAUUGAUCGCCAAUUUCAACAGCAGAUGCCAAUGCCAUCUCAUCAAACUUCGGCAGCCCCGUCUUUGUUGCACCAACAAUUAAUGCAGCAGACGAUUCCACAGAUGCCACCUCCGCAUCUGCAUCAGCAGCCCCCGCCGCAGUCUGCUCCUCCACACCAUCAAUCUCCGCAAUUUCAACAGCAGACUUGUGUGAAAGCGUCCACUAAGCAUUCAAGCUCCGGGUUCUGAAGGUACUG